AUGUCUUUCGCCACGUCUCUCGAGAAUGUCACCAUCCGGCCUAAGAUCUCCGCCUCCGAGGCAAUCCCGCCCAUUGCGGUACCCUUCGUGUCCGACAAAGCCAAAAAGAUGAUUGACCUUGUUGAGCGCUGGGUCAACGAAGAGUGCAUCCCCGCAGACAUCGUCUACUCGUCGCAGCUCUCUCAGCAGUCCUCGCGCUGGAAUGGACACCCUAGCGUGCUCGACCAUCUCAAGAAGCGUGCCAAGGAACUGGGCAUCUGGAACAUGUUCCUGCCCAAGAACCACUUUGCCAACGAGGGCAGCCCGGGCUUCACGAACCUCGAGUAUGGCCUCAUGGCCGAGCAGCUGGGUAAGAGCAGGGUUGCCAGCGAGGCGUGUAACUGCGCGGCUCCCGAUACAGGGAACAUGGAGGUUAUUGCGCGCUACGGCAAUCGAGCACAAAAGGACAAGUGGCUCAAGCCACUGCUGGCAGGCGAGAUCCGAUCCGGCUUCCUCAUGACGGAGCCGGACAUCGCGUCCUCGGACGGCAGCAACAUCCAGCUACGCAUGGAGCGCAAGGGCGAUCACUACCUGCUCAACGGCAGCAAAUGGUGGUCUUCGGGGGCCGGCGACGAGCGCUGCAAGAUCUUCAUCGUCAUGGGCAAGACCGACCCCAACAACGCGAACAAGUUCCUCCAGCAGAGUAUGAUGCUCGUGCCCGCCGACACGCCGGGCCUCACCGUCCACCGCAUGCUGAGCGUCUAUGGGUAUGACGACGCGCCACACGGGCAUGGCCACAUCACCUUUGAGAACGUCAAGGUGCCGCUCGACGCUAUUCUGGUGGGCGAGGGCAAGGGCAAUGAGAUCAUGCAGGGCCGCCUGGGUCCCGGGCGUAUUCAUCAUGCGAUGCGCAGCAUUGGUGCGGCUGAGGUGGCGCUGGAGUGGAUGAUCCACCGGCUCAAUGAUGAGCGCAAAGCGCCGUUCGGAAAGCCGUUGCGCGAGCAUGGCGUGCUCAUUGAGUGGGUGGCUAAGAGCCGAAUGGAGAUCGAUGCCAGUCGCAUGGUGGUUCUCAAUGCCGCUAUCAAGAUCGAUCAGCGCGACGCGAAAUAUGCUCUGAGAGAGAUCGCUGAGGCCAAGAUCCUCGUGCCGACGAUGGCUCUCACCGUCAUCGACCGCGCCGUGCAGGUGCAUGGUGCCAUGGGCGUGUGCCAGGACACACCACUGGCGAACAUGUGGGCACACAUCCGCACCCUUCGCAUCGCCGACGGGCCCGACGAGGCCCACCUGCAGCAGCUGGGCAAGCGCGAGAACCGCGAGCGCAAGGACGAGAUCACGGGCAAGUUCAAGCGCCAGCGUGAGACGACGGACAAGAUCUUCAAGUCCAUGGGGUUGCAGCCUCAUGUGCUGGGCGUCGAGAGGUCCGUGCCGAGGAGUAAGCUGUAG